CACCGGCCGCGUUUCGGAAGGCAUUUGGCCCUGGGGACGCUCCGUAGUCCACGGUGUAGUAAAUACCCGUGCUGAACGAGCGAGCUGUGGUUACGAUUGGCUCCUACGCACGUUCCCCGGAACGCCGUGGCUGUCCCGCGAAGGCUGAAGGGAGUGUGGCCGUCGCCUGUGUGUGAAACCCCCGGAGAGGCGCCAUGCCUCGGUAUGCGCAGCUCGUCAUGGGCCCCGCGGGCAGCGGGAAGAGCACCUACUGUUCCACCAUGGUUCAGCACUGUGAAGCCCUCAACCGAUCUGUCCAGGUAGUCAACCUGGACCCAGCGGCAGAACACUUCAACUACCCUGUCAUGGCUGGUCAGAUUGAGCUCUACACCCACCUGCCUGUCAUGAAGCAGCUGGUCCAGCAGCUCGAACAGUGGGAGUUCCGAGUGUGCGGAGUGUUCCUUGUUGAUUCUCAGUUCAUGGUGGAGUCAUUCAAGUUUCUCUCCGGCAUCCUGGCAGCCUUGAGUGCCAUGGUUUCUCUAGAGAUCCCACAGGUUAACAUCAUGACGAAGAUGGACCUGCUGAGUAAGAAAGCCAAGAAGGAGAUUGAGAAGUUUCUAGAUCCAGACAUGUACUCUCUGAUAGAGGAUUCAACUGGUGACUUAAGAAGCCAAAAGUUUAAGAAGUUGACGAAGGCCGUGUGUGGCCUGGUGGAUGACUACAGCAUGGUCCGCUUCCUGCCGUACGACCAGUCAGACGAGGAGAGCAUGAACAUCGUGCUCCAGCACAUCGACUUCGCCAUUCAGUACGGGGAGGACUUGGAGUUCAAGGAGCCGAGGGAGCAAGAAGAGUCCUCCUCCAUGUUUGAUGAGUAUUUUCAAGAACGGCAGAAUGAGUGAGGUUGACUACGGACGAAGCCACCAUUCCGCUCGUGGCCCAGUGCUCUCCUGGAGGAUUAACCGCGGGAAGCCGCUGCUGCGUCUGGGAAGAGCGCUGGGCUCUAGGCUGAGCCGCUGCGUGAGCGAGCGAGUGAGCGAGCCUGGCUUGUGCUCUGAGCUCUGAAACUGCUGCUCUUUCAGGAGACCUUAUCCCGACACUAUUGUUUGGAUAUUUAAAGAAAAUCAAAGUAGAAAUUAAUGCACAAAGACUUGUAUAUAAUAUAAACUAACCUAGCCACACACGUAUAUCACCAGUGUGUGUGUGUAUGUGUGCAUGCGCACACAAUUGGAGCCAAUGUAACCUCAUUUUUACAAUUGAAUAUUUUGUUUUUUGAGGGCUCUUCUUUUGAUUUACUUGUUUGUUUUUGGAGAGGUACAAAUUAUUGUAACAAAAAACAUAGAUCUAUAUCAAAAUAAAAAAAAUUUGGAAGGAUAUACAUAAGUGUUAUUUUCACAAAUCAAACAUGUAUUAUUUAUACAAUUAAAGCUGAAAACUGUUUGAAAUGUAAA